AUGUCUCGUUACUCCCCUGUACAUGAUAGGUGGUACCCCUCGGUAUUGCAAGAGGAUGACGUGAAGAGCAGGAUCUCUGCAGAGGAGCACCCUCUGCAAUCUCAAGAAGAACGCCCAGGACACUCUGACACACCUGUCACAAACGCCGAUCAAUUACAAUCGAAUGAAACACACAGCACGCGCCACCGCUCCCCACAACACGUCUCGGACCGAUUUGGUGAUGAGAAGGGGCACCACGGAUUCCCAACCAACCCGGCUACUCCCACUUCAGAAGCGCAAGGAGCCAUUGCUUCCACGUGGGCCCAAAUAUGGAACAAGGAUCCUUUGGCUGACUCCGACGAGGAGGAACCAGAUAUCGGCCAAAAGAAAAACUUUGAGAAACGAGCAACGAUUCUUGCCCGCCUCCGAAAAGAAGAUCGAACACCUGGACCUAGCACCGAAUCCAAGCGCCCCAACCGCCAUACGAGCUAG